UCAUAUAAAUGGGUGGUAUCGCCGCCAUAUUCGACGUGAUCUCUAGGUUUCCAGACGAAACUCAAGCUUUCAAUAUGUUCAUCUCAAAAUCCCUCAUCUUCACGCUCGCAAGUUCUCAGGUUCUCGCGUCCAGACUAUUUGUGGCGUCAUAUGCAGGAACCGUUACUACAUUGUCACUCGAUGAGGAUGCAAAUGGUGCAUAUUCAUUCGAAGUCAUUGCGACAUCUACGGCUUGCGCGGCCAAUUCCUCGUGGAUCACUUUAGAUUCUUCCCGAGAUAUCUUGUUUUGCGCGGAUAGAGGAUUGACUGCAAGUAAUGGAACUCUCAACUCGUUGAAGAUUCAGGACGAUGGUUCUUUGGUGGCAUUGGAUAGAGUUGAGACACCGGUUGGUGCCGCAGCCACGGUAUUGUAUGCGAAUAAUACUGCUUUGGCUUUAGCUUAUUAUUCCUCAAGCAGCGUAGGAAGUUUGGAUGUCUCCUCCGCAACUAACAUCCUCCCUCUCCAAACUUUCACCUAUAACCUUACUACUCCCGGCGCGGACCCCCAAUACGAAACCGCACCGCAUCCACACGAAGCAAUCACCGAUCCAACAGAAUCAUUUGUCCUCGUCCCAGAUUUAGGUGCUGAUCUCGUGAGAAUCUAUCGAAUCGAUCAAGAUACCAAGUUAUUGGAGCCACUUGAGCCAUUGAAAACUCCCGUCGGAAGUGGACCCAGACAUGCAAACUGGCUUGUUUCGGAAACAGGAAUCACGUACUUUUAUUUGGUCAGUCAGUUGACUAACAGACUUACGGCAUAUGAGGUUACGUAUGAAAGUGAUAACACUUUGAGUUUUGAAGUGAAGUUUGAGAGGAGUCUUUUGGAGACGACUACCCCAGGCGAAGAAUUGCAGUUUUACAGUGCCGCAUCAGGAAUCCAAAUUACACCCGAUCAUAAUUACCUCCUCAUCUCUCAGCGCAACGAUACACACUUCAGUAUCCCCGAUCCUUCUUCCCCAUCAGCCACAAAUAUCAUUCACUCCGAUUCUCUCUUGACAUAUUCUUUAAAUCACUCAAAUGGUAAUUUCUCACUCGUCUCAAUUGAUGCUGCUGGAGGUAGUUUCCCAAGACAGUUCUCUAUCAACAAAGCUGGAGAUUUGGUAGCUGUGGGCUUGCAAAAUGAUGGAAGAGUAGCGUUGUUGAAGAGGAAUGUGGAUGGGGGAGAUUUGGAGAUUGUCGCCGGAAUUGAUAUCGAGGGACAGGUUGUUUGUAUUGUUUGGGACGAGUAGGCGAAAAGGUUAGUGCUGAUCCGGGGAUAAAUUCUGCGUCGAAUGUCGUCAUACUGGCCUCGACAUUAGAUUUAGAACUCGGCAUAAAUGAAAACUUUUCUCCCACAGCUUUUCAUGUGCAUUUGAUUGUAGAGUAGUACUCUAAGCUCGAUCAUUUUUUAUUUGACAGUCACAGUUCAAUUUUCGUAUAUAUCGGGAUUACCAGUUGACAAAGAUGUUCACUAGAGGAUA